AUGUCUGAAGGAGAAAUCGAAGUCGAGGCCGUCUCCGGCUACCAAGUGCUCCCAAAGGAAGUCACUGAGGAGAUUGGAAGCAUCAAGCUUUUCAACAAAUGGAGCUACGAGGAUGUUGAGAUCCGCGACAUCUCUUUGACCGAUUACAUUCAAAUCAGAGCACCAGUCUACAUCUCCCACUCCGCCGGUCGUUAUGCGCAAAAGAGAUUCAGAAAGGCCAACUGCCCAAUCAUUGAGCGUCUUACCAACUCCUUGAUGAUGAACGGUCGCAACAACGGAAAGAAGCUCAUGGCUGUCCGCAUUGUUGCCCACGCCUUCGAGAUCAUCCACAUCAUGACCGACCAAAACCCAAUCCAAGUUGCCGUUGAUGCUAUCGUCAACUGCGGUCCUCGCGAAGAUUCCACCCGUAUCGGAUCCGCCGGUACCGUCCGUCGUCAAGCCGUCGAUGUCUCCCCUCUCCGCCGUGUCAACCAAGCUAUUGCUCUCCUUACCAUCGGUGCCCGUGAAGCUUCAUUCAGAAACGUCAAGUCCAUUGCCGAGUGCUUGGCUGAAGAAUUGAUCAACGCUGCUAAGGGAAGCAGUAACUCCUACGCCAUCAAGAAGAAGGAUGAGUUGGAGCGUGUCGCCAAGAGCAAUCGUUAA